CCACCUGUUACAUCUUAGUGAGCAGAAGAAUGAUCAGAUAAGACCUAGCAUGAACAUUUCACUUAACAGUGGCAAUCCACAAGAGGAACAAUCAGUUAACUGGGUGGAAAUGAGCAGAGUGGUUUUCAGCUGCAAAGGAUUUUUCUCCUUCUGACGCCUACCUCUGCGACAGCUUUGUGCUAAGGAGCUAAUCCUCCUUUUCUUUUGACUUUGCAAGAUGUCUAUGAGAACUCUCCCCCUGGUUUUCAUUAAUCUGGGUGGAGAGAUGCUUUACAUACUGGACCAACGCCUGCGAGCUCACAACACCUCAGAGGACAAUUCAGAGAAAGGAGUGUGGUCAGAAAAUGACAGGAAAAGAGUCAUGAAUGACAUCGUUGGGACCAUGUUCAGUAAAGCCUUCAUGGAUGAACUUCUCAAACCUCAGCAGCUGUAUUCUCACAGGACAAUGAAAACGGUGCUAACUCGGUUAGCGCACGCCUCCAUCAUGAGACUGAACCCGGCCAGCAUGGACAGGCUUUAUGAGCUAAUGGUCAUGGCUUUCAAAUAUCAAGUCUUCCUUUGUCUGCGGCCAAAAGACCUGCUGCUCAUCUCAUACAAUCACAUGGACACCAUCAGGGAAUUCGUGAAAGACACUCCCAUGGCCGUGAACCAAGUCGAUGAGACACACAGGAAAAUCAUUGAGGCAUACUCGUCUUUAUCAGAGGGUGAACUCCAGCUUCUCAGACAGACUCUCCUCACAUUUUUCCAAGACAUGCACGUUCGUGUAUCACUUUUCCUAAAAGAUCAGAUCCAAAAUCCCAACGGACGGUUCGCCCUGACGACGUCAGGCCCAGUGCCUCAUGGGACUGAUGUUCCUGGGCUUAUUAGGAUAUUUGACUGUCGCGGCAGAGAAGUGAGACGAAGGGAGUUCCUCUCUGGAGGGAGUUACACCAGCUCCAUCAGAGAGGGGUCUUUCGAGCUGCAUGGAAACAGAGUGAUCAGACUCGGCAUGAACAUGUACACUGUGGAUCAUCCAGAGGAGACACACACGUCCAGGGCUCCCUCUGUAAAGGCAGACGGCUCUCCCAACCCGCUGGCGAAGGAGGAGCUGAACCUGCUGGCUCGUCUGAUGGGCAGCAUGAAGACGGAGAACAAGCCCAAAGACGAAUCGGGUUUUCGAAUCAACCUGUUCAACACAGACAAAGAGGAGGCGGAAGCAGGAGCAUCAGCUAGUGCUGAGGAGUCCUUGUAUGGAGUGAUAAAUAUUCAAGCAAUGCAGUUUUUGGUUCAGGAUGAGCAGGCGGCAUCGGAGUUGGCUCGCAUCGCCGGACAGUUUGAAGAAGAAGAAGAAGAAGAGAAACCCGAAAAACCCAGCAACAACAAGGGAGAAGAGCUCCUGGCCAUGAUGGACGGCCUCUGACUCAUUUAUUCAGUCUGUGGUUGUUUGAUGAUCGGAUGGUUAAUCUCCACUGUGAACUUUAAUCUGAAAUAUGCAGUAUUCAGUGAAACAGAUGCAAGAACUCAACAUUAUAACACAGUUACAAUAGACAGAAACUAUUUUCUAUGUUUAAAUUGCAGCUGAACUGACUUGGAUGUUAAACGGUAACACCUGCUGUGUUUGAGGUUUUAUUUUCUUUUUAACAAUUUAAUGUUAAAUAAAAGUAUUUAUU